AUGAGCGACCGUCGCUCCCGCCGUCCCGACAGCCACCAACUGCGCGACGACUCAGAUCGUCACCACCGCCCACGAGACAGAGACCGUGACAGAGACCGUGACAGAGACCGUGACAGGGACCGCACCCGCUAUCGCUCCCGCUCCCGCGACAGACGAGCCAACGACCGCUCCAGAUCCCCCGACAGACGGUACAGAGAUCGCGGCGGAGGCAGAGGCCGCGACGGCCCCCGCGACAGGGCCGCCCGACGCCACGACGACCGCGGCCGCGGCCGCGCCCCGGACCGACGCGAUCCUCGCCGCCGCUCUGCAUCCCCCCGCAGCGCCAGCCCCCCUCGCGCGACCCUGCCCACCCGCUCCCGCCAGGACGACGAGAAACUCGCGUCGGCCCAGCGCCGCAGCCAGUCUCCCAGCAAGGCUGCCCAGGCUGCCGACGCCUCCUUGCCCGGCAACAGCAGCAGCAGCAACGCCCGCCCGGCCGGCGAGGACGGCGACGCAGACGACCACGACUUGGCAGCCAUGCAGGCCAUGCUGGGCUUCGGCGGCUUCGGCUCCACAAAGGGCAAGAAGGUGCCGGGCAACGCUCGCGGUGCUUUGAGGAAAGAGAAGAAGACCCAGUACAGACAGUACAUGAAUCGGCAGGGAGGAUUCAACCGGCCCCUGAGUCCCGGUAGAUGA